ACAAAACCAAAAGCAAAAGACUUUUUGUUGAGAGGUGGGGAGGAUCUACUUAAAUAGACAAAUGCAUGACCAACUUGACUAAGGAAAAUAUAAAGAAAGUACAAAUAUACAACAUUUGAGUUCUAAGUAAACCUUCCAAAAAUAGGUACUCUACUGCAAUUCAAACUUCUUAGUAAAAGAGUAAGUGAUGAUCAGUCAGUUCUCUAACUCUUGUAUGAAGUUAGACUAUGCUCAAUGUCAAGCACCUGGUAGAGAUGCUGUAGCAGUUUGCUAGGGCCACCAUAACAGAGUACCACCAUUCUGGAAGCUAGAUGUCUGAGAUCAAGGUAUUGGUGGGGUCAGUUCCUUUGCAGAAUAUCAGAAAAGAUCUGUUCCAGGCCUCUCCUUAACUUGUAGAUGGCCAGCUUCUCCUGGUGUCUUCACAUUGUUUUCCUUCUCUAACUUAUCUGUAUCCAAACGUCUUCAUUUUUAAUGAAGAAAUCAGCCAUUUUGAAUUAGGGCCCACCCACAAUGAUCUUGUUUUAACUUGAUUACCUCUGUAAAGUCUCCAUCUCCAUAAAAGGUCAUAUUCUGAGAUACUAGGGGUAGGACUUCAACAUACAAAUUUGGGGAAACACAAAUCAAACUGUAACAGAUGCUCCUUUUCUUUGAUUAAUCAAUCAUUUGGCUUCAUGAGGUUUAUCCUAAAACAAAACUUUGAAAGAUACCACACCCUAUUUUAUUUAUAAGAGUUUUAAGCAUUACCAUAUUUAAGGAGUAAGGUGGACCAUAGAAAUCUACUCUGUUACUGAGAAAACAGGCUCAGUGAUAUUGGUUGACUUUCUAGUCAGUCCAUCGUAUCUUGGCUUUCUGGUAUCACCUCUUCCAAAUUCUUCAUGCCACUGGGAGACUAGGCAGGGAACCCAGUCAGUGCUGGGCUGGUGCUGGUGUCACGGACUUGGAGAUAUAAUGCUUCUGUGUCCUUGUUCUGCAGAGCUUGUGCCUUCCUAGCAAGCACUACUUGCGUUGGGCCGAGUCAGAUGCAGUCAGAGGAGCAUCCUCUAUUGCCUCUGGCUUUUUUUCCCUCUGCCUUCACAAAACUACACUGGAAUAUUUGUGCAGUUUUGUGUUUUGGUUUUUAAAACUUCCUGUGGGAAUAAACUGUCACAGAAUUGUCCUUGUAUAGUUUUAAUCAUUUAGGCAAUAACAAAGGUUUAUUGUAAUUGAUUUGGAAUUAUAGGCACUUCUUUUAGCUAUAUACAACGUAUUAUUGGAAUUAACAUUUAGAAGUCCUGCAGUGGUGCUAUUCUUAUUAAAUUUGGUUCUAGAACCAAAGAUACUGAUUCAAUAAAUUUCUGGUAGUCCCAGAUACCUGCAUUUUUAGCAGGCAUCCCGAUGAUUCUUUACUCAGUUUUCACACCAUACUUUGAACAACAACAAAAGCACCCUGCUUUAAAUCAACACAUUGAUCAUCAAUUUUUAAAUAGCUGCUGCUGGGAGUGAUUGUUUUAUUUCCCAGUAACAUCAUAUUUUGUCAAAUCUAAGUUUUUUUGUUACUAUAAGUCACAUCACUACUUCAUGUAUCACUAAGAAUGAAAAAAAAAAAACCUCUUCAAUAAACAGUGACACAGAGCCUUAGAGUCCCUCUAGACCUGUGAAAUAUUCACACCAACAACUCAUUGUUUUGAAAUUUCUAUCCAGAGAGAUUUAGCAAUUUCUUCUGCUUUCAGCUGAAUUACUGGGGCUGUGAUAGGCAAAACUUUUACAUGUGCUGUAGCUGCUUCUACUUACCAUAACCAUUCCCAAGAAAACCUGAAAUCGCUGUCAUUCUUCCAAUAGUCAUGUUCCAAUAGUGAACAUCCGCUUCCCUUAUAAAAAUACAUACCCCAUAUCUCUUUAUAUGCUAGUUUAGAGUGAAGUGUGUUUUAAAUUGUUAGAGGAAAAAAUAUUGAGGAAAAGGGUUGUUAUAUUUUUAAACAUGAUUUUAUGAAAUUAUUUGUGUACGUUAAGAAUUUUUGUCUUUGUGCAGUUAAUAGAAAACAUUACUUGGAAUUUCAAUGAAGCAGCAUGAUGAUCAAUUCAGAAUUUACAUCUCCAAGUCCAGUGAAGUCACCUACUUUUCCAUAAUUUUUUUUGGCUCUGUAGACUGAGGAGGCAGUAUCUACUGACAGUCCCUGUAUUGUUUGUUAGUUUCAGCAGAGGUACUCAGUGAGGGAGUGGAGCCAGUCCAGCGCUCCAGCAGGCUCAGUGUACAAGGAAGAGUUUGUGAAGGCUCCCGCUCUUCCUGUCAUAAAACGUGUGACAGGUUAAAGUACUUCUCAACUCUUGGUACCUUUGUUGUACAGAAAUUACAGACUGGCUGAAUCGACUAUUGCUAAGAAACAUGCUUCUAGGCAGUACAUGCCAUACUACCACCCUUCCUGCUCUUGUGCGCACACCUACCCUGAUGAUGCAGCCUUCACUGGACAUCAAACCGUUUAUGUCUUUUCCAGUGGACAGCAGUUCUGCUGUUGGACUCUUUCCAAACUUUAACACAAAAAGAAGAGGCUUAUUUGGGACCAAUAAAUUCUGUCAGAUGGAUCCUGUGCAAAAAGCAGUCAUUAACCACACAUUUGGAGUGUCUAUUCCUCCAAAGAAGAAACAAGUUAUUUCUUGUAAUGUCUGUCAGCUUCGCUUUAACUCAGAUAGCCAGGCCGAGGCCCACUACAAAGGAAGUAAACAUGCCAAGAAGGUCAAAGCACUAGAGGCAACGAAAAACAAACCCAAAAUGGUUUCUUCCAAGGACAGCGCAAAGGCUAAUACCAGCUGCUCCAUCACUCCAAUCACAGGCAACAGCUCUGACAAAUCAGAAGACAAAGGGAAGCUAAAAGUCAGCAGUUCUGGUCAGCUGUCAAGCUCUGAAGGUGGCCCAUUUCUCCUCAAACCUGGCACAACAUCCCUGCCACCGGGAGCAGACACCUCUCCCUCCAAGAGCACAAAUGGAGCUCCUGGUACUCUUUCUGAAUCAGAAGAAGAAAAAGCCAAAAAAUUGCUUUAUUGUUCUCUAUGCAAAGUGGCUGUGAACUCCCUGUCACAGCUAGAGGCACACAACACAGGGUCUAAACACAAGACCAUGGUUGAAGCUCGUAAUGGGGCUGGUCCGAUUAAGUCCUAUCCUCGACCUGGGUCAAGAUUAAAGAUGCAUAAUGGCAGUAAGGGUUCAGGACUACAGAACAAGACAUUUCAUUGUGAAAUCUGUGAUGUUCAUGUUAAUUCAGAAAUUCAACUCAAACAGCACAUUUCUAGCCGAAGGCAUAAGGAUCGAGUUGCAGGGAAGCCACUGAAGCCGAAAUACAGCCCGUACAACAAACUCCAGCGGAGCCCAAGCAUUUUAGCAGCAAAACUUGCAUUCCAGAAAGAUAUGAUGAAGCCUCUGACCCCGGCCUUCCUGUCCUCGCCCCUGGCAGCAGCCGCGGUGUCUUCCGCACUGUCGCUACCGGCACGGCCAUCAGCCUCGCUCUUCCAGGCCCCGGCCCUACCGCCCGCUCUGCUGCGGCCCGGCCACGGGCCCAUCCGCGCUGCACCUGCCUCCAUCCUCUUCGCUCCCUACUAA